CCGUGACCUGCCAGUUCCGCCAUCUCCUGGACGUCAACUAGUCUUACGAUCUUGAUUUUCCCAAGGAUUGUUUUGUUGCAUGUUGCGGAGCUUCUCAUGGAUGGCUGGUUCUCGCAAAUGAGCUCGCCAAUCUCGUUCUCUUCAACCCAAUUACGACGGAGAUGGUCCCUCUGCCCCCAGUCACGGAUUUCACAUUUGUGGACGCAGUAUAUGAUGAUCAAGGAAGUAUCCGAGCUUAUCAUAUUUUCUACAAAGAUAAACUCUAUGAAGCAAAAGAUGUGGCGACAUGGUUCUACCAGAAGGCAGUGUUGUCAUGUACUCCAUCCAAAGAUGGUAACUACACUGUCAUGAUCAUUCAUUAUGAUAGCAAUUGGCUCUCUUUUGCUAGGGCAGGAGAGAGCAAGUGGCAUGUGGUUUCAACUUUAGCUAUGAGCGAACGUGAUCGGUAUGCAGACUGUGCAUAUCACAAUGGGAGGUUCUACACUGUGACAUACCAGGGAAUAGUGGAGAAAUAUGAGCAUGAUGGAUCGAAUGGACCAACAAAGGAGGCAAUUAUUGCGCAUAGAAACUUUUCAUGCGUUCUUACUAGGCACUUGGUGUCUACACCAUGGGGUGACCUCUUGCAAGUCCGGGCAAUUUCUGCAAAGCGUGUGGAAAAUGUUAGAUUUGACAUUGACAUAGUUCAUCCUGAAGGAUGCAAGAAGGUAUUGGUGCAUGACUUGAUGGAGCAUGCCAUAUUUGUUGGACUCAAUCACUCGACAUGUUUACCUGCAAAGAAGUUCCCUGGUUUAAGACCUCAAUGUAUCUAUUUCUCUGCUCCCUGGAUGACACACAAAUUUGAAUUAAUGGGCCGAUGUCGUGGCUGGGGAGGUGUAAGGUCCUAUGACAUAGAAAGAAAUUGUUUCAAUCAUGCUUUUCCCAUCGAAGUUAUGCCUAAAAGGUGGAGACGGGGCUUGAAUAUACCUUCGGAGGUAUGGAUCACACCAAAUAUGUAAUUAUUGCGACCAAUGUUUCUUCAAAAUCUUGUUUCUGCA